GUUCUCUUGGAGAUGUGACUAUUCCUUACUUUGCUACCAUGCAGUCCAUGGGGGGCCCAGAUAAUGAUAUGAUUCAAGAUUCAGGCCAGUCUGCAACUUGUGGCCUUUGGCCAGUGGAGCUGAAGUUGACUCACCUGGACUGGAGCCCCGAGGCCACGCUGGUUCACUUCCAGGGCCAGUACCUCACCACAUGUGAGCUCGACUAUAACAUUCUGCAGAGAGAAAUUCAGAACGUCCCCAAGACGCCGGUUGCCGUGGGAGUUGGGGAGUUUUGCCUCGUAGAAGAUUUGUCUUCAGCUCACUGGUACAGAGGAAGAAUUCAGAACCAAAAUAAGGACAAGUUUGAUGUAUUUCUUAUCGAUCAUGGCAACGUUCUGAGUGUCGACAUUAGCCACGUGUCAUCCUGCUCUAAUGACCUGUUGAUCCUUCCUCCAAAAAUAGUCUGUGGUUUUCUUGCAAAUGUGCUGCUUCUUCAGAGUUGUUCUCAUUCUGUUGUGGACUAUUUGUCGAGCCUAUCUGGCAGAAGCAUCAAAGGUUUCAUUCAAGCCGUCCUUCCUCACAGUAUCAUCCUUUUGGAAGCUCUCGACAUCAACGAAGACCUUGUGAAACAUGGAUUUGCGAGGCAAGUGGACACGGACACCUUCCUCUUCCUGGUUGAAAUGCUUACAGAAGUGUCACUCAAAAAAAACAUGAAGCCUCUUCCUGACCUAAUUACUGAGCCAACACAACAGUUUAGCUUCAAAUCAUACACCUUGAAGGGAUAUAAAGAUUUUUUGUCUUUCUGUGGGGCGAGAUUGAGUUGUGGGACACGUGCCAGAGUGCGAGUGACAGCUGCCGUCAACCCUGGGCUGUUUUACUGUCAAAAGGCUGGUGUGAAGGCGGAGCUUUGCCAACUGUCAAAGGAACUAGCAGUGAUUUGUGAGUGUAAAACAAAAGAGCACAGUCCAAAGACUCCAGAGAAGUUGGGUCCGCUGUGUGUGGCGAAAAGAAAAGAUGGGAAAUGGUACAGAGGCUUUUUGCUGUCCCUUCCAGUCAACUCUCAAAUACGAGUUUUGUUCGCAGACUAUGGGUUCUCCGAAUAUGUCAAAGCUGAGAACGUCCACAGUUUGCCACCUCGUUUUUAUUCAACCCCCAUCAUGGCGUUUCCGUGCUCUCUUCCCUCCCUGACUGAUCAAGACCAAACCCUCAAAGCUCAGCAGUUGCAUUUGCUCAAGGUGGGACUGCUUGGAGGGAUUUUGAAAGCGCAGAUCAAUGGUUUCAAUGAACAGCACCUUUACACUAUCACUUUUAUCAGUUCUGAAGAUAAACAAAAGGAAGAACCCAAAUCUAACCAAAAGGCUCCCAGUGAAACAGUUAAUGAUUCUGAGAGAACUUCACCUCAGGGAGGCUAUGUGUGUUAUGAAACUGUCUUAAAUCAAGUAUUGGACGAGGCAUUGGACACGGAGGAGGUGCAGGUGGGCUCUGCCUUUGUGGGCUAUGUGGAACAUGCCCAGAAUCCCCAUCACUUCUGGAUCAGAACUCAGAAACGUAACGAUGAGUUUGAGGAAAUGAUGGACAAAAUGACAGAUCACUUCAGUCAAAUUGAGCUGGAUGAAGACAUUCUUAUAAACCCAGAUGUUGGAGCAAUGUGUUGCGCACUGUAUGAGAAAGACAUGCAUUUCUACAGGGCUUUUGUGACAAAUACGCUCACGCACGGAGCUGAAGUCCUCUUCAUCGACUUUGGGAACGUUGAAAAAGUGCCCCACAUGCUGAUCAAAACCAUACCGGAGACAUUUGCCAGCAAAGCUGCGUUUGCCGUCUGCUGCACUCUUGAUAACGUCUUUCCUUUGGAUGAUUUCUGGUCCAGCGCCUCGUGCGACUUUUUCAGGAAAAUCGUGUCAAACAAAGCCGUGCACGUCCGCGUUGUCGAGAUCAGGAACAGCAAACUUGUUGUUGACCUCUCCGAGAUGGGAAGCAAUAAAACCAUCGCCGAGCUCUUGGUCCAAUAUGAUCUUUAUGGGGAUGAACACCUCCACAUAAAUCCAUUUGAAGAAGUGACAGCAACAGGAAAGUGCUCCGAAGACACCAUGAGUUUGGACAACAGUGGAACGUCAGAGCACUGGGAGGAAAGUGAACUUUAUGAGAACGUGGUCAAGCAGGAAAGUGACCAAGCGGAAGCUACUGCUAGCUUGAAAAGUUUAAAUAUCAAGCCAGGGUUUGACUUGGCUGUAUGCUGCUCUUGCAUCAACUCUCCGUCAGAAUUUUGGUGCCAACCUUUAGGUACAGUCCCAGAUUUGGAGAAACUAAUGGACGAAAUCAAUCAAUAUUACUCAGUUCAAAACAUUCCCCUCCAGCCAGGUGAGUUGUGUUGUGUCGCAAAGUCGCCACACAAUGGAAGAUGGUACAGGGGCUUCAUCACAGGAGAAGAGAAGGCUCAUGUCACAGUGCUGCUGGUUGACUAUGGCUCUUUAAUUCAGGUCAAAGAACAGAGUCUUCAAGCAAUAAUGCCUGAAUAUGUGAGUUUGGAAGGACAAGCUUUCAGGUGUUGCCUCCACAAUCCGACUGAGGCGGCAGACCAGGAGAACUGUGGGGAAUGGAUGCCAGAUGCAUGCAAGUUGCUUAAAGAUUUCAUCCUCAGCAGUGCAGGGAGCCUGAAUUGUAAAGUUGUCUCCCAGUUGGAUGUGAAAAACAAAGGGCUGUGCAAUGUUGUGUGUCUGUACAACGCCAGGACAAAGCAGAAUAUCACAACUACGCUCCUAGAACAGGGGGUCGCCGUGGAAACAGGCGUUUCAACGAAGCACCAAUCAGAAGCGUCUCUGGAGUCCUUUGUCUACUCUGCAUUCGAUCUAUGUCCAGGAGGCGAGGAACAGGUCUUCAUCACCCACGUCAGCAGUCAGUGUGAGGUCUACUGCCAGCUCGAUAGAAACACCGAAAUCAUCGACGAGCUCGAAAGAAGAAUUUCGGAGGAGAUUGACAAAAUGGCGCAACCCACAACGAGAGCUAAAGUGAAGAAGCUGUGCCUGGCCGAGUACAUGGAUGGGAACUGGUACCGGGGCCUGGCGAUGCCCACGCUGUCGCCUCUGCACCUGAACGUGUUUUACGUGGACUACGGAAACUCAAACAUCUGCGAGAAAAACAAAGUCCUCUUCAUUCCUCGGGACUGCGCAGAUCUGUUGUGCACGCCGAUUCAAGCUGUGAGAUUCAACCUGGCCUCGGUGCCCAAAGAGGAGCUGUGUGCAGAAGCCAAAGAGUGGCUGAACGAAGCGGUUCUCAACAAGCUAGUGAAGGCCGUCGUGUGUGGAAAGAGGGAAGACGGAUCAUUCGACGUCGAGCUGUUCGACGGAGAGAUGAACAUCAAUGAAAAGUUAAAGGAGAUAAUCCUCAGUCUUUUGCCCAAACCCAUGACAGCCCUUCGGUUUGCUGAAAGCAGCUCAGAGAUCAAAUCUAAAUUCCAUCAAACCAGAAACAAGCAGAGACCAUUCAAGUGCAUGAACGUGCGCAAAGAGAAAACUUCAGCCACUUCCACAAAAGCCUUUAAGGGCAAACGCGGGAAAGAUAUCACGCAAAUAUUGCUAAGAAGUUAUAAAACCGAAGCAAAACAACAAACUAAGAGUUUGACCAACUGCUAUGCUCCUGUAAAGCCCCAGAGGGACCCCAAACUGGAUCAACAGCAGGAUGCAAAGCAAAUUAAACACAUCAGAGAAGCAGAAACUCCCAGAAAGUUUUCAUGUUUGCCCAGAAAAAUUUUGCGCACCGGCUCGAGGGAGAAAUGCUUCGUGUCCCACCUGGACUCUGCCAGCAGCUUUUUUCUGCAGCUGUCCGAGGACGAACCCGCCAUCUUGAAAAUGUACGAACAGUUCCGCUCGGCAGCUCUAAGGGAUUCCUUGAAGAGACCGUCGUCGUUUGAAAUAAAUGACGUGGUUUUGGCCGAGUUCGAGGAGGAUUCUGCUCUGUAUCGCUCCGUCCUGAAGACCAAAGAAGACGGAUCCCGUUUCAGGGUGGAGUACGUAGACUACGGGAACUCUGCAGUCGUUUUGAAGGAAAAUAUCUAUUCUCUACCGGGAGAGUAUCGAUCCCUGCCGAGAUUCAGCAUCCCGUGCUCACUGUUGAACUCAAGCUUAUACGAUAGCAGUGAAUCCUUUGCUGAUGCUGUGAUGGAUAAGCCUCUUAUGGUGGACUUUGUUCAACGAAGUGGACUUCAGUGGCACGUCAAGGUUGAAGUUCUCGAUAAGGAUGUUGGACUCGUUGACACACCUAAAAGCAGUUUUUCUUCAGAAGAUUCCCGGUUGAGUUUGCCCGAAACUAAAGAGAAGGGGAGAACCUUUGAGGAGAACCUCAGAGAGGAGUCCCUAAGAGGAGGCCCUGAGCAGGAGUUCAGGGGAGUCGUUUCCACCUAUGAAGGGAAGAACUCAUCACCCGAGCCUUUAAAGGUCCAUCUGUCAACCAAACCGAAGGUCAGAACCUUUAGAGCUGUGAGACGGAAGUGGACCAAAAGCACGAAACAGAGAAGGGAAAUGCGUUCGGUCCAAGGAAGUCGUAACUCAAACACGAUCGUCCAUUCAGUUGUUAAAGUGGGAGAGGUCGAGGACGGACUGGUUCUGUCCGUCCAGAGUGACGGCAGUUUUUACAUCAGACUCAAAAAGACAAACGACCUGCUCACCGCCCUGGAACGACUGGUGGCCGAUAACGUUCACAGGUGUGUGACGGUUUCCGAAUACGAAAUCGCACGAGGUCUGGAGUGCUUAGUCCAGGUGCGACUCCGGUGGCUCCGAGCUGUGGUUCUGCAUCCGAUCUCUGACAAGUGGAAGGUCUUCCUUGUGGAUCAUGGAAUCGUGGAAGAAGUUUCGAUCGUCUCGAUUCGACACCGACACGGAGAGCUGAUGAACUUCCCGAGCCUGGCGCUGUUAUGCAAGGCGAACAGCGCCUCCAAAACCUGGUGUGAAACUCUCAAAGCGAAGACUGGAACUGAAGUCCGGGUGGUUUUCGUGAGGCGUUCGGAGUUUGACGAUCUUUGGGAGGUGGAAGUUCUCCUCCAUCGUUACGCCCAAACCUCGCCGUCGCAAAAUGGAGAGACAACCUCGUCCAGUGGGGAACCCCAGAAGCAGAACCAGGAACCAAAGGAAGAAGUCUCCGGGGUCCCUGGGCGGAUCCCCCCCCCCCCACUGGCCUCAGACCGGCGUUACUCCACCUCCACGGCAACGGUCGCCUCCCCCUCCGACUUCUUCCUCGUUCCCGACCAUCUGCGGCAUCUCAGAGACGAGUUGGCGGCCAUGUUGGACGACCUCCCUGAGCGCGCCCCCCCGCUCCCCGAGGCCCACCGGGUCCCGGGCGCCGGCUGCCUGUGGAAGUCGGACUCGGAACAAAAAUGGCGGCGGGCUGAAAUCGUCGGCGUUGGGGGCGGAGUCUCGCUGAGGCUCGUGGACCUCGGCGGGUAUCAGAACCUGUCGGGUCGGGACUCCUCCCGGCUGAGGGCGCUCCCCGUGGAGAUAACCAACAUCCCCAUGCUAACCUGCCCCUGCGUCCUGAGGGGGGUGGAGCCAGUCGGUGGACAGUGGACCAAUGAGGCGACGGCGCUAUUCCAACAGUGUCUGAACCGGAGGAACCUGCAGGUCUUUUUUAGGGAGUUUGUGUCCAACUCCUACUGGAAGGUGGACGUCCUGUCAGACGGCGUUUAUGUUGCUAAGGAGCUGGUGGACGCCGGAUACGCCACGUUCAUGGACGUCCUCCUCGGACUCCGGUUCCAGGUGGAGAGUUCCCAUGAUCCUCUACCGGAGGAGAGCGAGGAAGAGGAGGGCUGUGAAGGUGAGACCUCUGACGGACCCGAGAGAAAGAUGUCAGCCGGUCAGGAUUCAGGAAAAAACCAGUGUAAGAACCAAUAA